UAACGAUUCGAAAGCCCGACAUUGGUCGGGCCAAUAACGGCGGCUUGUCCUUUUCUUAGCGCAAGUCAUCCGCACACUAUCCUCCCCUCGUGCAUGGCAUCACUCCCACCGCCUUCUAUAUCACAACUGUCUUCUCCAUCUUCUCCCUGCUUCUCUCCUGUCUUUGGUAGAUAGUGUUUAGUAGCUACCAGAUAACCGACAAUAAAGCACAUAGCUUUGUUCACUGCAGUGAGACCUGAACAGACCUCACACGGCUCCCCUUUCCCUUGUCUACCGAGUCCGUUGGCGCUUGCUGUUAGGAGCCUAAGACUGAGAAAGAACGUUUUAACAAGACACGCAGCGAGACGACCCAACGCUUCUAUCACGACGCGACAAUAAGUGCCCAUAGUUACGGCUUCAUCGACGGACUUCAUCGGAGACGACUAGGCAUUAUCGACAGGCAUAGACGACGUGUGUUAACCAGGUCUCGUGUUGGCAGUAGAGCACAUGUACGGUUGGCCAGUGCUAGUGCACUACUGUAACACCUGCAGCAACAACACGCCGCUCUCAUACACUGCAACUGUCUGGACACAAGAGCACACUUGCUCGCACUGCGGGCGCAGCUCGACGGGAGCCGAUCUGGCCGGAAAGACGACCGGCAGUAUGAACGUGGCUCAGCAUGACGAACUUGCGCAGCUGUUCGCGCAGAACAUGCACCUUUCCCAGCACCCGCAACAAGCUGCGCCACUCGAAAUUCAGCACGUACCGCAACCAAUCGAAAAGCAAGAACAGCCUGUACACUAUAUCUCAAGCCACUACACCGGCACCGCACACGUCCGCCCAGAUACAACAUCUGAGCCGUCUGCGAGCCCACCACCGCCAUACCGCGAAGCGCUCAUGCCCGAAGCCAUGGCUGAGACACUUCGUCAGCAUGGCAUCGAUCCUUCCGCCCUUCUCCCAAACCAGGUCCAGCUUUUUGCUAACGCUGAUUACGAGCAGAGGCUGAGACUACUCGAACUGUGGCGGAUAGCGCCGCCUUCGUAUCCAUUGGAACAGCAUCUACAGCAUCAGUGGGCACCCACAAGCGUAGCACAGGAGGAAGCAGAGGCGCGAGUACGGUAUGAGCGGAACAUGCAA